GCCCACUCGGAUCUUUUGCAUAAAAGGGGCGGCGGGGCGCGCCGCUUCCCCCUCCCUCUCCGGUAGAUCUCGCACUAAUCCGGGAUUGUUUCCCCUCACCCCCCUCCCCUGCUGCGCGACUCCCCAUGUUCCCCGACGCUGGGACCGGCCCGGGGGGGCCCGGGGCUGCCGCUGCGAGCCGAUCCGGGGUUCGGGGCCGGGGCCCUGCCCGGGGCACCAGCGAAGUCUCGCCGCGGAGCGCGCGUGCGGAUCAAUGAAAGGAGGCUCAGAUGAGCCCCUGCUGACUUGAGAGAGAAAGAGAGACCACGCUGAUUGCCGAGAGGACCUGGAAGAAGAAAAAAAAAUUCCCCAAACUCAGUGCGGAGAACUCGCUCACCAUGAGUAGUGCGGUGCUGGUGACUCGCCUGCCAGACCCCAGCAGCAGCUUCCGCGAGGAUGCCCCCCGACCCCCAGUCCCUGGUGAAGAAGGGGAGACUCCACCAUGCCAGCCUGGGGUGGGAAAGGGCCAGGUCACCAAACCCAUGCCUGUCUCCUCCAACGCCAGGCGGAACGAGGAUGGGUUGGGAGAGCCUGAGGGGCGGGCAUCUCCGGAUUCCCCCCUGACCAGAUGGACCAAGUCGUUGCACUCCUUGUUGGGCGAUCAAGAUGGUGCUUAUCUCUUCCGGACUUUCUUGGAGAGGGAGAAAUGCGUGGAUACCUUAGACUUCUGGUUUGCCUGCAAUGGAUUCAGGCAGAUGAACCUGAAGGAUACCAAAACUUUGCGAGUAGCCAAAGCAAUCUACAAAAGGUACAUCGAGAACAACAGCAUUGUCUCCAAGCAGCUGAAACCUGCCACCAAGACCUACAUACGAGAUGGCAUCAAGAAGCAACAGAUUGAUUCCAUCAUGUUUGACCAGGCGCAGACCGAGAUCCAGUCGGUGAUGGAGGAAAAUGCCUACCAGAUGUUUUUGACUUCUGAUAUAUACCUCGAAUAUGUGAGAAGUGGGGGAGAAAACACAGCUUACAUGAGUAACGGGGGACUGGGGAGCCUAAAGGUCGUGUGUGGCUAUCUCCCCACCUUGAAUGAGGAGGAGGAGUGGACUUGUGCUGACUUCAAGUGCAAACUUUCACCCACUGUGGUUGGCCUGUCCAGCAAAACCCUGAGGGCAACAGCGAAUGUGAGGUCCACGGAAACUGUUGAAAAUGGAUACAGGUCCUUCAAGAGGAGCGAGCCUGUCAAUCCGUACCACGUAGGAUCUGGCUACGUCUUUGCACCAGCCACCAGUGCCAAUGAGAGCGAGAUAUCCAGUGACGCACUGACUGACGACUCGAUGUCCAUGACGGACAGCAGCGUAGAUGGAGUCCCUCCUUACCGUGUGGGGAGUAAGAAACAGCUCCAGAGAGAAAUGCAUCGCAGCGUGAAGGCCAAUGGCCAAGUGUCUCUACCUCAUUUCCCGGUGAGUAUAGCCUGUGGGGGAAAGCGGCUGCUCUCUGCCAUGCUGAGUCCUGAAGAAGAUUCUCGUGAGAAAGCAGCCAGUUCCUUCCCGAAACCAGGACAUGAUAGCCAGGAUGAAGAGAAGGAGGGCUCCGAGCUCGCGCUGGGCUCGCGCGACGGGGCGCCCCCCCAGCACCCCCUCUCCCUCCUGCCCUCCGGCAGCUACGAGGAGGACCCGCAGACGAUCCUGGACGACCACCUGUCCAGGGUCCUCAAGACCCCCGGCUGCCAGUCCCCCGGCGUUGGCCGCUACAGCCCCCGCUCCCGCUCCCCGGACCGCCACCACCACCACCACCAGCAGCAGCAGCACCCCCUCCUGCCGCCGGGGGGCAGGCUGCCCCCCGCCGUCGCCUCCCUGGCCGGCUGCACCCUGCUGGGCGCCAAGGGCUUCGUGACCAAGCAGACGACGAAGCACGUCCACCACCACUACAUCCACCACCACGCUGUCCCCAAGACCCAGGAGGAGCUCGAGGCAGAGGCCGCGCAGAGGGUGCGCUGCUUCUGCCCCGGGGGCCCCGAGUACUACUGCUACUCGCGAUGUAAAAGCCACCCCCGGGCUCCGGAGCCGGGGCCCGCGGACCAGUUCGGCGGCAGCAGAGGCAGUACCCUGCCCAAGCGCACCGGCCGAGGCUCGGAGCCCGGCCUGGCACUGCCCGCCAGGGAAGGAGCUGGGUCCCUGCAGCUGCCCGGGGAGGAAGGAGACAGGUCGCAGGACGUCUGGCAGUGGAUGCUGGAGACUGAGCGACAGAGCAAGGCCAAGCCCCAUAGUGCCCAAAGCACAAAAAAGGCCUACCCCUUGGAAUCGACCCGUGGGUCCCCGGCGGAGCGAGCAGGCCGGCACCACUUGUGGGGGGGCCGUGCCCACCCGUUUACCCAGGACCCUGCGAUGCCUCCCCUGACCCCACCCAACACCCUGGCACAGUUGGAGGAGGCCUGCCGCAGGCUGGCUGAGGUGUCGAAACCCCCAAAGCAACGGUGCUGCGUGGCCAGUCAGCAGAGGGACAGGAAUCCCUCAGCCACGGGUCAGACAGGAGCCACACCCUUCUCCAGCCCAAGCCUGGCUUCAGAAGAUCACAAAGAGCCAAAGAAACCAGCAGGCGUCCAUGCCCUCCAGGCCAGCGAGCUGGUCGUCACCUACUUUUUCUGCGGAGAAGAAAUCCCGUACAGGAGGAUGCUGAAGGCUCAGAGCUUGACCCUGGGCCACUUUAAAGAGCAGCUCAGCAAAAAGGGAAAUUACAGGUAUUACUUCAAAAAAGCGAGCGACGAGUUUGCCUGUGGAGCGGUUUUCGAGGAGAUCUGGGACGACGAGACGGUGCUCCCCACGUACGAAGGCCGGAUCCUGGGGAAGGUGGAGAGGAUCGAUUAAGCCGCCUGGGUCUGGCUUCGGCCAGGCGCAAGGCCGCAGCCUGCGGGAAUGGUUCCGGACGUUCGCGACCGCGAAGGAACAUUUCGAAGGAAACAAACAAACAAACAAACAAACCAAUGAAGACACAGUCUAGGGAUGAAUCGGCCGCUGGGCCUUUGGGAGGGUGGUGGGGGGAGGUUGGUUUUCAUUAUUCACGAGCUGGGUACUGAGAUAAGAAAAGCCUGAACUAUUUAUUAAAAACAUGACCACUCUUGGCUAUCGAAGAUGCUGACUGUAUUUGAGAGACUGCCAUACAUAAUAUAUGACUUCCUAGGGAUCUGAAAUCCAUAAACUACGAGGAACUGUGUAUAGCUUACCUGAACAGGAAUCCUUACUGAUAUUUAUUGAACAAAAUGAUGACCCCUGUCCUGGGUUUAUGGAUAUGCUGCUUUAAACAGGAAGGGGGAGAGAGGGAGGUUUCCGUCGUCCCCUCCACACUGAGGAGCGGAGCUGGGAGUGCGUUAAUGGUUUCUUCAUUGAAAGAGGAAUUAAGCUCUGCCCUGCGUUUCUCCAAGUGAAGACAGACUUUUUUUUUUUAAACGGUGCCCUGCCAUUGACACACGCAGAAAUUGGUGCAUUUUUUUUUUCUAUGCUGCUCUAUUUUGUCAUAAAGGUCUUGAGGUUUGCCUUCCAUUACAUCAUCACCGCCAUGUGGGGGGGUCAUUAUUUAGGGGGCGACCCCUUGCAGAGGAGGGCGGAGCCUCACGGGGAGGGGCCCCGGAUUCACCCUAGUAGCUCCCUACCGGGGCCCGGUGCCUGGCGGCUGAGGCCCGCUAGUACCUCCUGGUUCACCUCGUGCUCUUCUCGAAAUCAUAGCUCCUUGGAGUUUGUUUUUUUCCCCUUUAAUUAGUCUUUGUGCCACAGCCAUCCUGGAAACCAGCCCCCUGCCCUGCACAGAAGCGAACCGUGUGGGACGGCCUAGCAGCACCCUUGCCCCCACACACCUUCAUCCUGACGUUCGGGUUUUCGUGUUAAGUUAAUCUGUACAUUCCGUUCGCCAUUGUUACCUGUACUAUAUGUCUGUAUAUAUCGUAUGACAGAGUAUUAAUCCACUAUCUCUAGUGCUUGACUUUGAAUCAGUACAGUACCUGUACCUGCACGGGGUCCCACUCCGUGUGUCGCCCUAUAUUGAGGGCUCAAGCUUUCCCUUGUUUUUUGAAAGGGGUUUAUGUAUAAAUCUAUUUUAUGCCUUUUUAUUACAAGUCUUGUACUCAGUGACUUUUGCCAUGGCAUUUUCUUCUACUUAUACUGUAAAUUAUGCAUUAUAAAGAGUUCAUUUAAGGAAGAUUACUUGGUACAAUAAUUAUUGUAAUUAAGAGAUGUAGCCUUUAUUAAAAUUUUAUAUUUUUCAAAA